AACGUGUGGCGCAUAACAUGUUUUGAGGAGGUGUUCUUUGUGCCAUUGUUCAAUCAAGUAAAAACGAGAAAACGGAUAAAGUGAGUGUUAUUUUCAAUAUAAUGCACAUUUGACAGAAGAAAGUACCAUGCUUUAUGCAGCAAAGAAAAAAUAAACAUUAUUUUCCGAAGAGAAUGGAAUGAACAUACUAGCGGUUCGAGUCAUUGCUAGCUAGAUAGCUAAUUAGCCGGCUAGCUAGCCUGACAGUUGACGGCUGUUUAUCUCGCUAACGUAGCUAACUAGCCAGCUCAUAAUCAAUAACGUUAUCCAAUUAGCUAGCUAGCUACAUUGUAACAGUUGUAGCUAUGUUUUUGCAUUAUCUGUCAAAACAUGUGUUCUGUAAGCUAGCUAGUAGCUAACAGGCUAGCUAGAUAAUUAGCCAGCUAGUUAGCUAGCUAGCAUUGUCCCCUUAAUAGUUGAAUGGAGAAAGCUAGCUAGCCAACCAACUAGCUAGCUUAGCUAGACAUAUCCCUGCAUGACUAGCUAGCUGUGUUUUACAUUCCCUGCAUAACAACAUGCACUCUUGUCUCAACUACCUCAGACCGAGAUGUGCGUUGCUAUGAUUAUCAACACCACCGAUGCUUGCGCAUGCUAUAUUGUCUGAUCCCCAGACCAUUAUCAAAUACUGCCAAAUGUAUUUUGAUCAGUCCAAAAUAACAACAAAGCAAUGCAGCCAAUGGCUGAUGAAAAUGUGCAGCAAAAUGAAAUUCAUUUUGGAUUUUGUUUGUUGUGAGCUAUUUGUAAUCAUGAUUUGAAUUUAUAUUUGCAACGUUCAGUACAUUAAAUGCUUUUCUUCCAUGGCACUGAAUCUCCUCUCUGCUCUACUCCUCCUCUCCUCUCCUCUCCCCAGUGGACCGUGGGUCGAAGCACAGGCAGGUGAAGCCUCUGGCUGCCUCUCUGCUGGACGCUUUAGAUUAUGACAGCUCAGAUGACAGCGAUUUCGAAGUGGGAGACGCAGAUGCCUCAGGUAACCAACAGCAGUGAGGGUCCUCUUCCAUCCACUCCUUUAAAUUACACAUUUUCUUCCACCACAUAUGCAGUUCUUUCCUGUUAUGUUGCGAUUCGCAUCUUCAUCUGUCAGCUCAGAUAGAACUGGAGAGUAGAAAGAUGGAACUCAGAAUUAGGCCUAUCUUCAAACCAACUUGAAAUGUCCCCAAAAGCAAGGCAGUGGUUUCUAUUGCAGACUAGGCUCUAUUUAGCUGUGGCUUGAAUAGCUUUGCAUUUUUUACAUUUUAGUCAUUUUAGCAGACGCUCUUAUCCAGUUAGUGAGUGCAUACAUCUUUCAUACUUGAAUGACACUUCAAUGUGCAGCUGUGAUAUUUUCAACAGUUUUUAGCAUACUUUCUCCACCAAGACUCUCUGUACAGUGUGUCUGCCAGUGCCGCCCCACUAUCAGGUGCAGGCAUCCCGAGGUAUAGAUGAAGACCUCAUCACCCUGCUUGUCUGUGUCUGGUAGUGACCUUGUAGAGCGGUGUGUUUCGCACUGACUCCCUGCGUGAUCUAGAGACAGGCUGUGGCUGUUGAGGCGAUCUCGGCCUGCCACUGUCUGCCUGGGCUGGAUUUAUCGCUCUGUCGGCCCUGAGGUCUCCAUCCACCCUAUCUGAAACACACACACACAUACACACACACUCUGUGGCCAGCAGCUGAUAAUGAGAUUCUACAGUACUGUGAGCCUCCUGGGCUCUGUGGUGUUGGAUGCUGGACCUGUCAACUGAGGCCUUGAAAUCCAACAGCUUUUGUUAAUCCGAUUGUAAAUCUGCCUUGCAGAUUAGGCUACAUGAUAUAACGUUAGAGAACUGAUUUCAACUUUGCUGUUAUCACUUAUCAACAUGAUUUGAUCAGAACUUCAAGUCAUGUUAAUCUUUAUUUAAGGUGUCUGAAUACAAAAAAAAAUACAUAAAAAGAGAGAUUAUGACAGCAGACAUGCUUUCAUUCAUACUCCAUGUUGAACAUGCGCUCUGUCCUCCUCUCCCCUGUUCUAGGGUCAGAGGGUAGUGCCAUUGGGAGUGAUGAGGAGGCGGAGGGGUCCAAGGAGGAGAGCGCUGCUGAGGACUCUGACAAUGACAGUGACUCGGACAACAUCGGCUCUGCAACGGACGGCAUCGAUGAAGAACAGACCAAGGAGCUGACAGGUGACGACACCCCCACCGAGGAAGAGGAGAAGACCAAGGAACAGCAGCCGUCCUCUGACAUUAGCACCACCACCACUAAAGACCCUGCUCCUUCAGGGGCGCCCAGGGGCCAACGGAGGAGAGAAGAGAAGGCCUCGGACACAGAGGCUGGGAGUGGAGGAAGCGGGAGUGGGACAGGUAGGCUUUUUAAAAAUGUUUUUUAUAUUAAUGUUUUAAAAUUAUGUUUUUAUAAACGUGACCAAUAAAAGCCUUUGAAAUUUGAUCCAGGUAGUGGUAAUGCACAGGACGGAGGCUCAACAACGGCCGCCACACAAGAGCCCAAGAAGUGGAACCUGCGUCGUAACCGACCCAUGCUGGACUUCACCACCAUGGAAGAGCUCAACGAGAUGGACGACUACGACAGCGAAGACGACAACGACUGGAGGCCCGCCGCCGGCAAGAAGAAGGCCAAGACGGCGGCUGCCCAGAAAGGAGGGAGCGAGGGAGAGGAGGAGGAGGAGGAUGACGACGGCGGGAGCGGUAGCGAUGAUGAUGACAACGAGGAUGACGAUGGUGGUGAUGAAGAUGAGAAUGAAGAAGGGAGCAGUAGCGACAGUGAUAAAGAGGUGAAGAAACCCAAGAGGAAAGUGAAGAACAGCAGUGUGUUUGACGAGGAGCUGACCAAUGACAGUAUGUCACAGGGAAAGAGCAAUGAGGUAAAAACAACUUUGUCCUUGUAACUCUUUGUUGUUAGCAAACUGCCGAAGGCCCUCAGCAUUUAGGCAUAUCAUGUAGCCAUAACUCUCUGAUCCCUUCAUUGGAUCCAGUGUGUUAGCCAGCCCAGCACUAUGUUACUAUGCGCCACAGAGUUAUCAUGUAAUCCUAUGAGGAGAUUGGAUGGUAUCAGAGUGAGAGAACCACAGAGACUGCUAGAGAGCUACAGCUCUAUGUUAGGCUAAUCGACUUAGCUUGGAGUCCAUCAGUGUGAAUGGGAUUUAGCCUACUGCUAUCUAUCAAUAACGAUCUGUGGUCAAAGGAGAGGGGGGAUUGUGAGAGGCUUUAGACUUACGACUUGGAGGACCUUUGUUUGUAGAGGCUGGGAACUUAAUUUUUUGGGUCCGGUGCAUACAAGCAUAUUAGAAUCACACGUAACCGUGGAUAACAUUCAAACACGGAGAUAAAAAUACCUUUUUGAGAUAUAGACAUUUAACCUAGUUAAAAACAGCCCAACACAAUAUAGUGUAUAAGGGUGCAUUUAUAAUGGUUUUACUGUACCUUUACUGUGUCUCCCACUUCCUGUCUACCCAGGAUGCCUUGCUGGAGCGUGCCCAGACCUGGAGCACGGCGGCCCAGAGGAUGGAACACAUCCUGAUCUGCUGUGUGUGUCUGGGAGACAACAGCGAGGAUGCUGACGAGAUCAUCCAGUGUGACAACUGUGGCGUGACCGUACACGAAGGUAAGCAGCACCAGAGAGAUAAAGGUUACUGUAUAUAACAGACCCACCAGGCAAAAAUACUUUGAACCAAGGUUGCUUCAACGUCAUCUGUUGUAUCUUUUCAACAUACUUGAAAAUGCUAAAAGUGUUCAAAGUAAGCUAAUUUCAACCAGAUUUCAACCACAAAUCAACGACAGGAUUUUAAGGGUUGGUUUAUUUCAAGUAAAAUACAUGUUUGUGGACACAUAACUAAAUAGCAACUAAAAUCAGAUGUUGAUUUUACGUUAGGUCAGGUUUUUGCCUGGAGGUAGCCUUUUCUUAUUUUAUGGUAAGCACAGGUCAGAAACAUUUAGAAAGGCUAGGACUACCUUGCUAGCUGUUCAGGUUUGGGUCAGAAGAAAAGCUAAUUUUGUCAAGGAAGAGAUUUAAAAAUGAGGCAGUGUUUGGGUGCUAGGCUGGGGUUUCAGAAGUUUUGGUUGCAAGUUCCAUAUACCAGAAACAAACACAAAAUAAUCACCCCUUCACCGUCCACCCAACACCUUAACAUAAACAGGGAAACCAGCAAACCAGAAGUGCAUUCUCCCCAUACUGCCCUGGCCUGGGGAACUAACAGACUAACCCUCUUCCUCAUCAUCUAGCAUUAUUAGCUCAUUAUGUCUCCCUCUGACUGGUUGGAGACAAAAUCAAUGGCUCCUUAAAUGGUCUCUUAGAUGUGGCCUUCUCCUCUGGACAGGCGUGGUAACGCCGCCCAUGCACACCACUGAUCAAUGUGACAGCGAUAAUUUUCAAUUACGACCACUUUAUUUAUUUAUUUACAAUGUUUGACUGAUUUAAAGCACCUAGAAACAGAAUGUACGUGCGCAUGCACGCACACACCAUGGCCAUUGGCAGCACUAAAUCAGAGGGUAACCUUGAAACAGCCAGGGUCUUUCAAGUGCAGUGUUGCAAGUCAGUCCUUCGAGCAACACUCACACGUUCUUAGGGAGACACAGUAUGCACACACACCACUCAUGAAUCAUGGGAGAGGAGCACAGGCCUAAUCACCAAUGGUGUAUGAGCAUAAAUACUGUAGGACACUAGGAGCUGGUGCUACGUUUAUCUCCUUCCCUCUCUCUAUCUCUAUCUCUAGCACUUACACACUCACACACAUACUUAUCUCUCCCUCCCUGUGUUAAUAUUGUGUUCCUCUGAGACCUGUCUAAUCUCCAUGAGAAGAGGCAGAGCAGAACAGAGGGGACCAUGCUGAGUGGUGUGGAGUCAGGGACUGGAGAGACCAGAGCAGAACAGAGGGGACCAUGCUGAGUGGUGUGGAGUCAGGGACUGGAGAGACCAGAGCAGAAAAGAGGGGACCAUUCUGAGUGGUGUGGAGUCAGGGACUGGAGAGACCAGAGCAGAACAGAGGGGACCAUGCUGAGUGGUGUGGAGUCAGGGACUGGAGAGACCAGAGCAGAACAGAGGGGACCAUGCUGAGUGGUGUGGAGUCAGGGACUGGAGAGACCAGAGCAGAACAGAGGGGACCAUGCUGAGUGGUGUGGAGUCAGGGACUGGAGAGACCAGAGCAGAACAGAGGGGACCAUGCUGAGUGGUGUGGAGUCAGGGACUGGAGAGACCAGAGCAGAACAGAGGGGACCAUGCUGAGUGGUGUGGAGUCAGGGACUGGAGAGACCAGAGCAGAGGGGACCAUGCUGAGUGGUGUGGAGUCAGGGACUGGAGAGACCAGAGCAGAACAGAGGGGACCAUGCUGAGUGGUGUGGAGUCAGGGACUGGAGAGACCAGAGCAGAACAGAGGGGACCAUGCUGAGUGGUGUGGAGUCAGGGACUGGAGAGACCAGAGCAGAACAGAGGGGACCAUGCUGAGUGGUGUGGAGUCAGGGACUGGAGAGACCAGAGCAGAACCGAGGGGACCAUGCUGAGUGGUGUGGAGUCAGGGACUGGAGAGACCAGAGCAGAACAGAGGGGACCAUGCUGAGUGGUGUGGAGUCAGGGACUGGAGAGACCAGAGCAGAACAGAGGGGACCAUGCUGAGUGGUGUGGAGUCAGGGACUGGAGAGACCAGAACAGAACAUGCAGAAGGGGCACUUUGAGGCCAGUUCAUAGGUUGUGUUGUUUUACAAGGUGGAAUAAGUGACUUUUCUCAGGCUAUCUGGUCUUGUAAAAUGUUUCUAGUCAUUUACUGUACCUGCUACUUCAUAGGUUUAAAAUAAACCAACUAGUUUGGCUUUUGAUGAAGUUGCUUUGUUGAUAUCAUUGAUCAACAGCUCAAGUAUUAAUCUUCGUGCCUAUUAUCUGUAUUGUAGUAAUGUAUUAAAGGUGCCUGGUCAAACAUGCAUAUUCCUGUUCUACUUUACUACAGGGCCACAGAACAAUUUGUGCUCCAUAAGAAAAGGCCCAAGCUACAAAUGUUUUUCUCGUAGUAACAUGCAGCAUCCAAUUAUUUGUGUCCUCCCUAUAUUUAUUCUGUCCAUUUAUUCCUAAUGUCUUGCUCAAUUACAGUUGGGAAAGAAUGCAUUUCAUUUACCAACCAGACUUUCUCUGGCUAUUACAAAAUGAAUUGAGUCGGAAGGGGCUUGUAUUACAAUCUUUCAUUUUCUUUCUAUUACAACGAAGUGAGAGAGAGGAUGCGCAUUUUGUAAGGGGGAGAGAGGGGAGGGGGAGACUACACAAAUGCAAGAGAGGAAGGAGAGAGAUGGAGAGACGUAGAGAGUGAACGAGUGGAAGGGGAUGGAAAGAGGGAGUGGGAGGACUGUAGAAAAUGCACAGUAAGACAUGCAGACAAGUUGGAGGACUGUAGAAAAUGCACAGUAAGACAUGCAUACAAGUUGGAGGACUGUAGAAAAUGCACAGUAAGACAUGCAGACAAGUUGGAGGACUGUAGAAAAUGCACAGUAAGACAUGCAUACAAGUUGGAGGACUGUAGAAAAUGCACAGAAAGACAUGCAUACAAGUUGGAGGACUGUAGAAAAUGCACAGAAAGACAUGCAUACAAGUUGGAGGACUGUAGAAGAGAAAGAUAGUGACAGGGAGGAACUCUCUCUUUCUCCUUCAUUUGCCUCAGCAUGGCAUUUUCCCCUCCCGCGGUGGAGAGGGGCAGGCAGGUAGGAGUGUCGUGGCCGCCCCCGACUGAACAGACAUCUGUUCCAUACUGAACACUGCCCCUCCCUCGCCAGCCACUUCUUAGACACGCACACAAGGCCCUCCCUCGCCAGCCGCCUGCCACCCUUGAGUGCCAGCUGCGCCACGGUGCCAGGCGCCCUGAGGGAGAGGGGGGUUGAUUGGUUCAGGAGAGUGUUGGCCCACACGGCUGUCUGCGCAGCAGCUUGGAAAGGUGACCCCACCCACCCCCCCCACACACACACGUGCGUACCUACCCAUGCGACAAUGCAGAACCUGUCAUAUGCAUGAGAUGGUGCUGGCAUGAAAUGGGAAACAGAUUCUGUGCCCAGUGCCCCACCCAACCUGAGGAGAAGAGAGGAAAGUGAACUGGUGUUUAGCCACAUCAGGAGUUUCAACUGUAGUGGGAGGAGGAGAGUACGCUAAAGCAAGGCAGAGGCUGCUGCUGCUGUCACUAACUUCUAACUGUGACCUAGCUUGUUCAGUUGUUCCUCUUGAGAUUCUAUGGGAUUGUUCUGUUAGCCUUUUUGGCUCCAACUAGCUCACGUAUAGCUCAUGGUUUCUUUGGGUCAAAAGGUGCUGGGUUAUCCUUCAUCCUCCUUUCUCUGGGCUGUAGAGGCACAGUGCUCUUUAAAAAAAAACAAGAGCGUGAGGGUGAAGCGGGAGAACAAGGGAUGGUAACAGGAAAGAGAGAGAGAGAGAGAAGAAGGGAGGGAUCGUAAGGAGGAGAUGAGCUGUCAUUAUAUGCAGCUCGGGUGAGUUGUCCGACCACUUCGUCUCGUCUCUCUGCUUCACUCCAGAACUCUUUGUUCUCUUCGGAGGAGGACUGCACAUUCCCUCGUUCAGACAGACACUCUCCUCCUCUCCUCUCCUCCUCGGACCAGAGGAAAGGAAUGAUGGAUGAAAAAUGAAAGGAGAAGAUGUAGGAAGUCCAGUGCAGAGAGAGGGAGAGAGAUCAAAAGCCUUGGUGAGCGCUGAGCAGAGGCCCAGAGAGCCAGUUGUUCGUACAGACAGAGCCUAUUUCUAUCACAGCCCUGUACUAUGCAGACUAGCUGCUUUUGAUUAGCAUGGGCUAGCGUGUGUUUCUGUGUGUGUGUUGAAUGAUGACAGACAUCAUUAACUGUGCCGCCAUUAAAGUAACUCCGACACUCUUUCUCUCUCUCGAUCUGCUUUAUGUGUUCUGGACUGAAGCCUAAAUGCUAAUUAUAGCUUUUCAGUAGCAAAGACAGUCACUUGUUUGUUGUUUUUAUGUCCCUUUAUAAUUUAUUAAUUUUUUGUCUUGCAGUUUUACCGUUUCAGCAGUGUAAUGGUAUCCAGUGUCAUUUUAAAGCAGCACGGCUGUUAAAAUGCUCUCCCCUAAUAAAGAAAAUGACAUUGUCAUUAAUAGGCCUAGGCUGAGUCCCAAAUGGCACCCUAUUCCCUACGUAGGGCUCUGGGCAAAAGUAGUGCACUAAUAAGGAAUAGGGUGCCAUUUGGGACGCGUACUCAUUCCAAUUAAACCCCUGUACUAUUGAUUUCACUCCCUAACGAGUUCUGGACCGUAAAGUUAAUUAUCUUCUCAAAUGUGCUUAAUUCAUUUAGGCUCCGCUGUUUGGGCUUAUUUGUUUAAAUGCAUAUUCAGUAGAAAAAAAUAUGUUUGGGAGGGAUGUUUUUUGUUGUCGCUGCAAUGGACAUCACAUUUAGCAGUUCAAACUAAUUAAAAAGUAUGAGAAUUUUCUUUCUCAUUUAAAACAAACUUUUAGUGUGUUUUACAUCCUUGGGCUAAACACUGGUGAGUGGAGUGUACUGAGCCCAGGCCUAGAAAUCACAGCUAGAGUUUUUAAGAGUCCCUACAAUGCCCAUUUGUGACUGUAACUGUGUCAUACUGUAAUAACUGCAGAAAGACAGUUGACUGAUACCCCAGUAGAUGAUGAAGGUUCUCUCUCUCUGACACUCUGACAGUGUCCUUGGGGCCUUUGUACUAUAAAUCAGCUACAGAUAUCGUACAGGCACUAAUCAUAUACCGUUUCCUUCUAUCCUUUCUUUACUGUAAGUAUGCUUCAGUGUAUGACUGCGUCUGAAAUGGCCACUCAUUCCCUAUAUUGUGCAUUACAUUCAACCGGUGGUCCAUUUAAAUGACAUAGUUUAGUCUGUCGCAGAACUGUAAAGAGUCUACCCUUUGUACUGUUUGAAGUAUAAGCCUAGUAGCCUAAUCAUAGUCAUUUGUCAAUACCUGCUCUUGUCGUUCCUCUGUCACGCAGUCCUCUUAGUAGUGCCAUUUGAAGGCAGCCUUGGUAAGGCGAUAGCAGUUUUAGAUGAGGGUAAUUUAGUGCUUAGCAGACUUAUGGCCUCAUCCUUCUGUAUAUCCUCCGUAUUAUCCUGUUAUACACCAGGGUAAUUAUCACAUAAAUGUGGGUUAAGGGCCUAGCUCAGCUCAAGGUUAAAAACCAUGUUUUCCCUCAUGCUGUUUCAACUAACUGCAGAAACAUUAAUGCUACAAGGGCAGCUCCCGAAACCCCUGAAAUGCAUUUAAAGGCCCACGCCUUAAUAAAACAAAUAACCAAACGCCAGCCCUGCCACUUGAUUUUCUAUAAUGAGGCUGGAGAAAUUUGGCCUAACCACUCUCAAAUUCAUAGUAAAUAUCACAGAGUGGGCCUUUAAGCGAACCAAAAAAUAUUAAGCUGAUAUUGUGUUAUAUCCAGUGUCUUCAGAUGAAUUCAAUCCAAGAGGAGGAGAAGUGCAGGUGAAUGAAUGAAUGGGACCCCAGCACCCAUAGAGGAAAGCAAGGCAUUGUGAAGCUGCUUAUUGACAGUUAGCUUUCAUUUUAGAAAUGGUGUUGUAAUCCAUUGUCAGAUGAGAACAUUUAAUUAUACUUAUUAUUGAAUUACCUCUCCCUCUCUCUCUCUGUCUUCCUUUCAAAACAGGUUUAGCCUUGUGGAUUUUCUCCCCCUUAUAACAAGUAAAUGAUUUAUUCUAUGGUUUACUGGCCAUGGGAAUGAUUCCAUUGUUUUUAAAAAGGAGCAGACUAAAGUGAUGUUUUGAGAGAUCGCCCUCCAUCUUAGUAUGGAGUUUUAAUUCAGUGCCGCUGAUUUAAAGGAAGAUCUGAAAACCAUCCUUCUGAAAACACAUACACACAUCUGUCUUGAAAAUGUGUUAUUCAGUGAGAUCUGAGCUGUGUGUGUGUGUUGUCUCUGUGAUGCCCCAUUUUGCACACCGGCUCUGCUUAUAUGAGUGCUUUUGAAUAGGUCCACUUAAUCUUGGAAUGAAAAGUGUUACCAUUCAUGGAGAAAUUGAAUUGAACUAAUCUAAGAGCAUCCAUCUUGAACAUGCUGGAGUUUUUCUCUUUUGGGGGGGGGGGGGGGGGGGGAAUAAAUAUUUUGACAGGCAGCGACAGAGUGAGAUGAAUAGAUUCAACUAGAGAUUAGAGUAAAUGUGAGUAAAACCACAUGAGUUAAAUCACAAAAAGCUUAUAUUUUCAAACCUGUUUUUACCUAGCCUAAUGGUUUAUUGAAUUGAUUAACACUGUAUUGAACUGCAUGUAGGAAGAGAACACUGCAGUUAUGUACAUUUCUCAAAAUAUUGACUAUUGAACUUGAGAUAUUUGGGGAUGGGGUAAUAGACAUGAGGAAUAUUGAUUUGUUCCACUUCCAUCUGAAAUCAUUUGCAUUUGAAAUCUAAAUGGGAUGUAAUGAUGGAUGUAAUGAUGGAACAAGUAGCACUGAAGCAGCAUAGAUAAUAAUGAACUGAAUUACCCUUUAAUGGCGUAGCUCUGACAGGUGUGUGUGUGUGUGUGUGUGUGUGUGUGUGUGUGUGUGUGUGUGUGUGUGUGUGUGUGUGUGUGUGUGUGUGUGUGUGUAUACUCUCUCUACCUUCCUCUCAGGAGGAGGCAGAGAUGGACAUUAUGUUGGGUGUGUUGAGAACCUUACAGAGAUGAUUAGUGUGACAUCGCUGCCAACUUGAAAAUGGGAACCCAUCUAUGCACUGUCAAAAUAACUGAUUGCUCUCUCACCAAUAUGAGGUGUGCCCAUUACUUUUCCUUUGAUCCUGGGAAGAAGAAAAACACUCCAACACUUCCUCCCUCAUCUUCAUAUUAGAACAUAUGGAGAUUCAGAACCAUACACACACACACACACACACACACACACACUUAUAUUCACACUUGUAUAUGUGAACACAAUAUACCCAGAGAGACCUUUCUUUCACUAUUAAAUCUUGAUACAGUUAAAAGGACUUCUUCUCUUGAUUUAGUCGACACCCUACCCCUACCCCCAUACCCUUUUUAACUGCCAAGCUCGUCAUUUCUGACAAGGAUAAUCUUCACUUGGAGGAUUAUGAAGCUAUCCCGUAGUCAUCACUUUUGGUCAGCUUAGCUCACAUUAGCCAGCACCCCAUGGCUUAGUGCUCCCAGCGUUGUAUCUCGGUUCAAAAGGAACAUCGGAGAUUUGCGGCGACGGUUCAGCCGUAAGUCGGUAAAACCAGCAUGGUGAUCGUUCACAGCUCCGGGUUUCCUUGAUUCAAAGCACCAAUCACUAUUAAGCACCCAACUGUUGCCAACAGUAUUUUCAGUUAUAUAUUUUAUUUAAGAAAAUAAACCUUGAGCUAUAUUGGAGCACCUGGGGACUUAGCCUCUUGCCCUUACCCACAUACUACGGGGGGGAAGAAUUGAGAAGGAAGGAAGGAAGGAAAUGUUUUUUUGUUUGUUUGUUGUAGUUAAAUGUGAGGCAGAUAUCAGGGUUUGGAGGUCAGGGUGAAGCUCCAGCUGUGUACUAAUUGCCAUAUUAAAUAAUCAGUGCUUGAUUGAUGUAAUCCUGACUUGAUUAAUGUAAUUCUGACCUGGUCGUAAAUAAACCUGCAGGAUACAGCAGUACACUAUAUAACCCCCCUAUUUUCUACACUGACGAACAUCGCUUUCAAUCCACUCGAGCCUGUCUAUUCACGGUGAUGCAGAACAAAUGGACCCAAUCAGAGAGCACCUAUAGAGGACAUUACGCGCUGAGAGAAAAAAAAACAUACAAACAACAUACAACUGAAUAAACAUUGCCGUCUGGUGUGGCUUCUCGAUGUUUGCCGCCGGUGGGUCGUCAGACUCGACUGAUUCCCCAGCGUGGUCCAGAGUGACGAGCAUACAGAGCAUUUAGCUUUUGGUUUGUGAGUCUCUCCCAUAGCUCAGAGAGCCUGGAGGCUGGUUUGACUGAAUUAGGAGCCAGUGUGUUAUCUCUCCAAUGGAAGGCAGAGAGGCUGAUUGCUGCCCUCAUUGGUAGUGCGGAGCACGUUCGGCCAGUGUAAUAGCAGCCAUAGAAACCGUAUCAACUAAAGUAAUUGUUUUGGCAAGCCUGGAAAUGUAAGAACACAACAUUAACAUGCUUUGCUUGUGGCUUCUCUCGCUUCUCUAGUCUUAGGCCUCGAUAAUAUGAUCAAAUGUUCCCCAUUUAGAAAGCUGGAGCAAAAGGUUUUAGAGAAAGUGUAAAGCUUUCUGGAGAUUUGAGGGGAAACAAGUAAACAGCAAGUUGACAUCAAUUUGUUUGCUUGUCAGGGCACUGUUCUCUGGUCUUCUCGGUCCUAGGUGUGACACAGCCUUCGCACCUUUUAAGAGGAUCCACCAACUUGUUGUUAGACAAUGUAAUGGAUUCUGCAACCCUUACUCUGAUAGUCAGAGCUACUGCAUGAUAGAAUAGAUACAAAUCUGUAAAGUUUUGAACUGUUAACUACUAGCUAACCUCACAAUGUUAGCAGCAAAUGUAAAAGCUAAUGGAAUAUGUUAGCCAGUGUUAGCUACUGGUCAGCGUUGUGGAAAGAACCUCUGAUGAUGCAACUGAUAGACGUUCUACAUGUCUUCCAGGUUGCUAUGGAGUGGACGGGGAGAGUGACUCCAUCAUGAGUUCCGCCUCGGAGAACUCCACGGAACCGUGGUUCUGCGAUGCCUGCAAGAACGGAGUCACGCCCAGCUGUGAGCUCUGCCCCAAUCAGGACGGGAUCUUUAAAGAGACUGACGCUGGGAGGUGGGUCAUGAUUCGACACACUGCUUUGAUGAUUUUUCACAUUAUUUAAUUUGGGAGCCUUACAUUACAUUGGAUCAAUCACAUACACUCUAGGAAUUCAACUACUUCAACAAAAGUUGUUGGCCGUCAAUGGUAAUUUACUGUAGGCAAGCCUCUCUCCAUGCGUACAUUCAGCGUUGAAGAAGAAAAAGAGCGAAGGGUAGGGAAUGGAGAGAGGGGAAAGAAAGCAAGUGAGGGAAGGAGAAGAAGAUGGGGUGAAGAAAAAGAGAGGAGAGACAGUGAGGGAUAGAGAGAGAGAAAGUGUGUUAUGUGAAGCGUGGAGACUCAGCCAAGCUAUUGCUGAUAGUGCGCCUCAGCCAACCUGCACCCGAAUUUACUACUUCACUAGAGCAUGAAAAACACAGCAAAUUAAACUGUGGAGCGCUCGCUUGCUUGCUGGAGCUGGAUAUCUUUAUAUUGGACUUUGGAUUCUCUUCCCCAAAGUCCGCAUUUGAAAUUGUGUCACACCAAACGGAUGCUCGGUCAGAGAGUGUGGCUUGGGCUGCUGAAAUCAACUACUGAAGAUUUCUAAGCUUUUUAAGUGUUUAAGUGAUUAAUGUCUGUUAAUUAUCUGACUGAACUUUUCCAAUUUUGCAUUGUUUACAUUUGACGCUUUUGCAGUGCCUAAUUUAAUAGAGCUUUGUCAGCACACAUUUACUUGUAUAACUUAAAAGGAAAAAUCCCCCCAAAACCACUAAUGACUAUAAAAUAUGUGAGAACAAUAUUUGUUGUGAACAAAUGUUUCAUUUUGUCGAUAUAAUAAGGUUGGUAUCAACGUGAAAAUUGUUGUGGAAAUCUGUUGCAGCUCAAGUCGACUACAAAACCCACAAUGCAAUGCUCUCUCUAUGGGCUGGCUGGCUAGCUAGCAAACGUAGCUACACACAAUAAUACCAAAGACAAUAUCAGCAUGUGAAGUAGCUAGUUGGCUGUAAAAUUGCCUAAACAAACUGCACUAUAAAUGUAGUAGUCUACAAUCUCACCAUGUUCAUCCUGCAGAUCGAUGUGCCUCACAGAGUGGAGUCUGUCAUUUGCAAUGACACCAUACAAUACACCCUGGACUGAAGAGGCAGACAAAUAGGAGAAAUGUGUUAGACCCUCUUUUAAAUUACACAUUUCUCAAGGUAGGAAUAUCGCAAAAAUAUGAUCAAUGGCUCAUUCGAGAGAAGACAACCUCCCGCGUUAUGACAUCGGCCAGUAUUGAAAUCUGACAUGUAUGAUAGAUGUUUUCACGAUCUAAAAGUCGUAUUCCUAUUAACUUCCAGUGUAGUGAGAGUGGCUUUAUCGCAAUGCUACGUCAUACCGGCAGAAUUUCUGCCUGCUUGAACGGCAAUAGCUCAGAUACACAUGAAAACAUGAAAUGACCCAGGGAAUAGAUAGAACAUCGCUCAGAGAUGCACAAAAACAAUAUAAUAUAAAAAAUGGGAAAAUCUUUACUUUAAAGAUGCGUUAUAAAGGUUUUGUAUAAUUUCAGCCAGUAGUUUUUGAAAGUAGCCCUCACGAGCCAAAACGGGUCCCCGUAAAUUGUGUACAACGUCAUCAAUUUUGUAUUAUAUGUUACAUCCUGCAAUUAUUGUUUUCUGCAAUUUUUAUGAUGUUACGAAUUCCAAAUUUGUAACAUUGUACGUUUUUAAGUUCCUGUUCAAUCUCUUGAAUUGUGACAAUUAGAAAGCUUGUGUUUACUUCAUGUGGACUACCCAAUCUCUAUUUAGUAUACUCUCAAUGUGUAUAAUGGUCUCUGCUUUCAUUGGUUAAGUAGGCACGUGCUUCAAAUAGCCCUUUUGCAGAUGUAUCUUUUGUUUCAUUUCAUGUGUAUUUUAUAGAUGGGUUCAUGUGGUUUGUGCGCUCUACGUCCCUGGUGUAGCGUUUGGGGACAUUGAUAAAUUACGACCAGUGACUCUCACAGAGAUGAACUACUCCAAGUAUGGGGCCAAGGCAAGUACAAAUUAAAUGUUUUAAAAUGUUUUAUAGAAUAAAGAUGAUGCUGAUGAUGCGAUCAAAAUAUUUAUGUUAAACAGUGUAAAUCGUGUGAAACAAAAUCAAUCUAUAUUACUUCAAAAAUGCUUUAUCAGAGUCGAAGACUGAGGAAUGUGUUUUAGAUUUUUGGACUCCCAUUGUCUGUUGAUUAAUAAGUCUGGUUAAUGAGGAGCAGCACUUUAAGACCGUAAUAAAGUGACUUGUGUGGUUGGUUACUGUCCAACACUUUACAUCCAACUAAACACAGUGAUCCAUCAGAGUGCAGUCACUCUGACAUUCAUUCUAGCUGACACCAUUUUGAGGGUCACUAAGCCAGUAGAAUACACUUUUAAUGAAGAGAAUGACUUUUAGAAACAAUUGAAAAGGCUUCCUGCAGUGAUUCAGGGCCUUUACACACUGAAAAGAAAUUGCUGCUGGAAAUGUUUGUAUUAUCAUAAACAUUUUGAGAAUAAUUAAAGCAUUUGCAAGUUUCUCCAAGUGGUCACCUUGUUCCUUUGGCAGAACUGAGCGAAGUCAAUGUUGAAGUUUCUGAACCUCUAUGUUUUCCUAUGUCCCUGAGUGGAGUUUCUGAGAUCUCCAUUUUCUUUUUACCUUUUGUUCAUAAGUGGAGUUUCUGACCUAUGUUUUUGCUUUCUCUUUGUCCAGGAGUGCAGUUUCUGCGAGGAUGCCCGGUUUGCCCGGACAGGCGUGUGUAUUAGCUGUGAUGCUGGCAUGUGCCGAUCCUACUUCCAUGUGACCUGUGCUCAAAGGGAGGGGCUUCUCUCCGAGGCCGCUGCAGAGGAGGUGAGAGAAGAAGACCGGACAUGAAUCAUGUGACCCUGUGUACUUUUUGGGGGGGUGAUAUUCCUCAUAUAUGGUGUCAGAAGUGGGAUUUUAUUAAAUUUCAGUCUGUUUUUAAAGCCUUUUAUGGUGAUAGCUCUUUCACAGUCCCUGAAAUGCAUUUGAACAACAUAGGGGGCUGGGGGGGUUCUUAGUGCAGGAUAUCCAUCCGAUCCCAGUUUCCUGACCUCUCAUCAAUAGCCUUAAUUAAUCAGAUCAAUUGAUUCACUUCAUUACCUGGGAUCAGUUUGUCAAGAAGACAGUAACAUAUUAAUUUACUGUAAGAUCCUCUGGUCCCAAACGACUAGUCUUUUAAAACAGUUGGCUCCCUCACCAACCUCCUGCUAUAGGCAGAGCCUUCUAUCGAGAAUGUAAUAAAAACAUGUCUAUUUAAUAAGGACACUAUAAGGCUCUGGUUAUAGGUAGUAUUCAGGAUCUGUCUGCAGUGCAGCUGAUGUAUUCACCUCGCGUCACUUAUUUCUGCGGCACAAAGGCGGCCAGCGUACUGAUAAACCCGGCCCAGAAAGUGCCUACUCACCGCUAUCCACUUAAUCCAUUGAGCUGUGGCAAAGGGCCCCUAUCAACAGGUGAAGCCUCUGAUAAAAUCCGCCGAAACACCUUAAGCCUAAACGAUUCUAGGGGAGCCAGGGGCUGCCUGCCUGUCUGGGAAAUGGCUGGGGUUUUGUAGUAUGUUUUUCUCUCUAUGACUGAGGAGGAAGAGGGAGAGAGGGAAAGAAAAUAUCAUAGGGUCUUGUAGGUGGACUGUAUGGUUGUUGUGGAUAUGGAAUAUAGUUAAGAAAUAGAGGCUUUCAUUGUCUUCACUGUUUUCUUACCUGGAAUUUGGAAGACCAUUUCUGAGAAAAAUCACCAUUGCCAUACUCUGUUCUAGGAAUAAGAUGCACUCUACUUCAGCAGUGAGCACAGUUCAUCACUCUAUGAGAGCGCUGAAUGGCUGUUAUUUUUAUCUCACAUAACAUGGAAACAUUACUAUUAUUUAGAAUUACGUAAGUGACUGUAUUUCACACAGGAAAACAGAUCUCUUAACUUAAGAGUGCUGAAAGACAUGCCAUACGCAGUGCACAAGGAGCUAUGUUCACCUGUGGUCGAUCAUGAUAUGAACACGUGUGUGUGUGUUUCCCCAGGACAUAGCCGAUCCCUUCUUUGCGUACUGUAAGCAGCAUGCGGACCGCUAUGACAGGAAGUGGAAGAGGAAGAACUACCUGGCGCUCCAGUCCUACUGUAAGGCGUCUCUACAGGACAAAGAGAAGCAGCUGGCCCCCGAGGCACAGGUGAGAGGUCAAGACUGGCUCAGAUUCACACUGUUUCGGCGCUGUUAGGACUGCAGAAUGUUGUCUUUGGACAUGAAUAGAAAUGCUUGUCAGUGUUUGCGACAUAGUUCAUUGUACUAUGUACAAGAUUCAGUCUUCGACAGUUAGUUCUCCAUGAUUUACCUUUUUAUUUUACCAAGUGAGUUGAAGGAGAACACCACAAGAACAACCUGGGGAGGUUGUAAGUUGUAAUGGCUGCGUCCAAAAUGGCAUCCUAUUCCCAAUAUAAUGCACUACUUUUGACCAGGGCCCAUAUAGGGGAUAGGGUGCCAUUUGGGACAGAGCCAAGCUGUCAUUAGAUAAUGAAGUGUGUGUUUCUUUGUGUUGUGUUGAACCCCUGGCAGGCCCGUAUCACCACCCGGCUGCAGCAGUACCGGGCCAGGGCAGAGCUGUCCCGUAACACCCGGCCCCAGGCCUGGGUCCCCCGGGAGAAGCUUCCACGACCCCUGACCUCCAGCGCCUCUGCUAUCAGGAAGCUCAUGAGGAAGGCCGAGCUCAUGGGCAUCAGGUAGGAGUUCACGUCUGUAGGAAAAAGACUGUGUUCAGACCAACCAAGGGUUGAGGUGCAGCCCAAAUGUAGCGCGAGACCUGCAACUUUUUCCCCUUGUCAGGAAGGGGCUUAGAGGUUAGAGAGGUGGACCAGCAACCAGAGGGUUGACGGUUCAAAUCCCUUUCUUCUUCAGCACGGACAUCUUCCCCGUAGACACGUCAGACAUCAGCGCAAGUGUGGAUGGACGCAGGAAACACAAGCAGCCCGCCCUCACUGCAGACUUCGUCAACUAUUACCUGGGUGAGUAGGGAAACAAAAACCAUCUGACUGAUGGCUACAUAGACUUACAUUACCAACAUAAUACACCAUUAUAGUCAAUGUUGUUGCUAAAGUCAGAUGCUUCCAGAAUAUAAACUCUCUUUGAGAGUCUGUGCCAUAGUUCUAUAGGCUCUCCGCAUGCAGCCUUGGAUAAAGAUGUUUUGUCCCCCAAAAUGAAUGAUGAUGCCAUUGCCAGAUGUGUGUGUGUGCUCGACCGUUUUUGUAUGUGUGUGUUUGCGAGUGUGAGAAUACAUGUGCGCUCACACGUGUGUAACCUUGAACCACAUCCCCCACCCCCCGGCUAUCUCCCAUCAGAUCGGCACACCCUGUUUCUCGUCUGCCUUUUCCUGUAUAUAGAUGGAGAUAGAUUGUGAUCGGUCCUAUUGAUGUGUGAAUAGAUUGUGAUGGUGGUUUAUUGAUUGGUGUCCUUAUUGCUAUGCAGAGAGGAACAUGAGGAUGAUCCAAAUCCAGGACAAUAUCUCUGAACAGAAGAAUCUGAAAGACAAGCUGGAGAGUGAGCAGGAGAAGCUGCACGUCGACUACAACAAGGUUAGUGAUGGUAGAAAACACACACACUGUUAGAAGAACAUGAAGAAGCUGCUUGUUGACUACAACAAGGUUAGUAGUGUUGGAGCUAGGAACACAAGCAUUUCGCUACAUCCGCAAUAACAUCUGCUAAAUAUGUGUAUGCGACCAAUAAAAUGUGAUUUGAUUUGGUACAAGCCGCAAAGUUACCGAAUAAAAUGCUUGCUUGACUGCUCUGUGGUAGUAGACGCAGCCAGGAAGAUAGUGGACAAAAUGUUAAUCCACACUGUUAUCAACCACUCACAAGGGGUUUACCAGUGAUUCUCCAGUAGCAUUCCUUUCUCUGAGUCCUCACACUAAAGCUGUGCUAUCUCUUUGUACUGCGUGGCCUCUAGUCUUCAGAAACACACACGGUGUGUCAUUCAUAAACCACAUCGCUUUGCACUACAACACAUUAACCACUGUUUUACUAUGUACCGUGAAAAAUACAAUUUUAAGAGCCUAGUUGGUCCUCCUCCGUCUAGCUCUCUCCAGCUCUCAUCUCUCUCUCUCUCUCUCUCUCUCUCUCUAUCCAUCUCUUUCUCCCUCAAUCUCUCUGUGGCCCUUGCCGUUUUGGUCUCUCUCUCUCUCUAUCUCUCUCUCUCUCCUUUCAUCUCUCCUUCCCCAUGUGACCUGGGUGUGGCGGCGCAGGGCAGCUUCGCUCCAUCAGGCCCAAUGAAGAAGGGAAUAAAACAGCGGAGUAAAAGUCAGAGGAGUUAAUGUUGCGUUCAGUCUUUCUGCCACGUGUAUUAAGCGUUAUUAAUGGAGUGUGUGUUGCUAAUUGCACUGCUUGACAUGCUUUUACACGGAGAGCGAGAGAGAGAGACACGGAAAGAGAGGAGGAGAGAGAGCGAAUGAGAGAGAAAAGCAGCCCUGGUCUUGAAGAGAGUGAGAGAGACGGAGAGGGGGAUAGAGAGAGAAGGAUCGUUAAGAUUAGAAGUCUAGCUAUUGAUACAGCUAUAAAACCCCUGACAAGGCGUGUGCUUGGGGUGGGUUUUGUGUGUGUGUGUGUAGAGGAGUACUUGGAGGUGGUAGACGAUAUGAAGUGUUUCUCUCUCUCUCUCUCUCUCCCAUUCUUUCUAUCUCCCCCUCCCUACAUGUCUCUCCCUCUGUAGCUGUGUGAGUCUCUGGAGGACCUGCAGAAUGUCAACGGUGUUCUGAGGAGUGAGGGUCAUGCCAUGUGGACCAUGCUGGGAGGAAUCCUAGGACAGGUAUGUUAAUAUCACACCACAUUCUCCUCCUGUCUCCUCUCUCCUCCUCCUGUCUUUCUUUCUUUUUUAUGUUUAGUCCUGAGUUGGCAACACUCCCACUAAACCAAACUCCAGCUUCAUCACACCUACGCAGGACAGAAACAGAACAGAAAAGUUGGUUACAAAGGCAGAGGAUAAAACCCCAACCUGGUGAUGAUGGAGGAUUGAGAUUAGCCAUAGCAACCCGCCGUAGCAACCAACAGAGUUACCGUGGGGGUAAUUCUGCAGCCCAUAAUAGGCUCCUGUAACUGAUUGACCUGUCAUUUGCCAUAAAGGCAGACCAGACCUGGCUCUGCUCCACUCUAAGUAAAGUUAGAAGCUAUCCGCUUGCUUUCUACCACGUUCCCACUUGCCAUGGCAACCAAAUCACUAAGAUGCGUCGCCACGGGUGAUGGGUCGUUUAAUGAGUGCGAAAUGCAGCUCUGCAGAAAUCUUAAAGGUAACAGAGCCUGUUUCAAGGUGCUGACACUGACACUUCUUUAAAGGCAGCCCAGCUCUUGGUGUGUGUGUGUGUGUGUGUGUGUGUUGUGCUGUGUGUGUGUUGUGCUGUGUGUGUGUUGUGCUGUGUGUGUGUUGUGCUGUGUGUGUGUGUGUGUGUGUGUGUGCUGUGUUGUGCUGUGUUGAGGUGAGAAUGGGAACUGAGGUGGAGAGGCCUGUGGAGAGCUGGAGCUCUAACAAGAUGCUAUAGCAAGACAAGCACACACACACAACACACAAAACCUCUCUCUCACACACAAACACAAACAGACACCCCCCUGGUUACACCCAGUCUCUCUAAGAUUUGCAGGUAGGCCUAGAUAAUACAACAUACAUUUGCCCGUGGCACCUGGGACUGCAUAUAUAAUCAGCCCUUUAAAAAUCCAUCUACUUAAGCGGCUAACUGAAUGCAUGAUGCUUGAUUAAAAGUUUGCCUGGCGAUAGGGGAAAAGACUGGAGGGAAAGAACGACUGAACGAACGACGUUGAUCUGCAACGACCUCCAUAAAUCACGUAAUUAGAAACGUAGAAAGGUUUAAGUAGCUACAUCAGUCACGUCCCCGCGUUGCAUUGUGUCAUCUAUCUGAUACCUUUUCAUUUCCUAUUUGUCAUCCCUCCCCCGUACAUUACCUGAAAUUAUUGAUGUCCCCAACCGCAGCCCCAUCCCUCAUCCUAUACACUGAGUCAGUGUUGUCAUUGUUGGGGACGUCUCAGGGAGAGGAGAGAGGUACUCUCUAAAAGUGAACAUGAGACAUUUUUAGCCAGACAUUGUGAAACUUAAAAGGACCGGUCACAGCGUUUUUACCAUUAAUAUUACCUGGCUGUGUUCAAUUUGGCACUGAGGUAAAGCAUCUCAUUUUAAAUGCUGUGCACGUAUGUGUCACAUACCGAGACCCUUCCUGGAAGGCGUGCCAGUCAGCUGACUCUUCCCAGGGUGCCGUUUGUGUGUAUGCUGUGUGUGUGUUCGCCACUCGGUCCCUCACGGCCUCAGAGCCUGUCUGGCACCCAGUAUGAACCAGCCAGAUGGCCUGAGGCUGGGCUGGUCCUGCCUGCCUGUCUCUGAUUCUUAUUUUAUCAGAUACCUUCACACACCCAUCUCUCUGAAAUUAGCUUUAACUGACAGGGGACUUCUCUCUGUCAGUAGGGGAGGGAUUUCCUACUCACUGAGCUAAUGCAGAAGGGGACUGUGGUCCACAAUUAGUAGAUCACACACCCCAGGCAAACACACACAGACACACACACACGCACCAUCGGGUCCUGUGGCCCUGGUGCCUCUUUCUUAGGCCCCCCCACAGGACCGAUCCCUGGGAGCCGUAAGCAACGGCGUACUGAGCGUGCUCAGAUUAGAGCUGCCCCAGUGAGAAGCCAGUCUGUUUAGUGUCCCACCAGCUCCCCAGUCUCUCCCUAGCAAAUACGUUUUCUAAUUAACCUGCGACAGACAGCAGCCACCAUGUAGCCAACGAGAUGCUGGGGAGAAAUAAACCCACAUCCGCCUCUGUCUGUCUGUCUAUUUGUCUACUGACCAACAACAGGUUCCCUCAAUAUUUAUCUUUCUUUCUCUCUCUGUCUCUCUCUCUCUGUCUCUCUCUCCCCCCUCUCUCUGUCUCUCUCUCCCCCCUCUCCCCCCUCUCUCUUUCUCUCUCCCCCUCUCUUUCUCUCCCCCUCUCUCUCUCCUCUCUGUGGACACCUGUGACCUGUUUGUAUUUCACUGCUUGUCUCUGAAGUCUCUUCUACACCUACAGUAUGUUCAAUGUGUGUCUCUCUCCUUGACAGAAACUGAACUCCCCGUCGGUCCUGAAAGCACCUAAAGAGAGGAAGCCCAGCAAGAAGGAGGGAGGAGCUCCUGGGAAGUCCUCCAACCUACCAGCUGUCCUCUACAGGUAAACAAACAAACACAAAAACAUUCAAACAACAGGCAUUACAAACAAGCACAAAGCCUUAUAUGCGGCAAACAGAGAGGUCCCAGUAUUCAACCCUGGGGCACUCCAACACUGUACGACCAUCACUAUUCCUAAGGAGUAUGUAUUAUCAUGCCUCACACUGCAUGUUUUCUUUAUAUGAACUUUAUCCGAGAACUAAAUUCUUAGAGUUUUGAAGUAUUUCCUGUGUGUGUGUGUGUGUGUGUGUGUGUGUGUUGGUGUUCCUGUUUAGCUGUGGGAUCUGUAAGAAGAACCAGGACCAGCAUCUCCUGCUGCUGUGUGACACCUGCAAACUGUACUACCACCUGGGCUGUCUGGAACCUCCACUCACACGCAUGCCCAAGAAGACCAAGAACAGCUACUGGUGAGAGAGGCGGGGAGAACCACACACACACACACACACACACACACAGAGAGAGAGAGGUAGGCUAGGGGAGGUAGACGGGAGAGAAAGAGACUGGGGGAGGUAGACAGGAGAGAGAGAGACAGGGGGAGGUAGAUGGGGAAGAAAGAGAGAGUGAAUGAGGGAUAACUAGUGAAUGGAUGCCAGAGGACUCAGUGGUACAAGAGUCGGACCAAGUGCUGUCCAUAGCACACACACAUGCACAAACACACAACCCAUCGCAAUGACACUGUACUGUAAAUCUGCAAUGACAUUAUAACAUUGUUGUAUAAAAAAUGCCUCGGGUCUAAGAACAGCCCUUAGUCAGGAGUUAUCACACGAUAAUCCCCGGGUUCUCAUGCCUUAUUGCUUUUAUAAAACAGUUGCCAACAUAUUUAUACAAAUAUUAAUGAAAUGUAAAUUCAUUUUUGCAUUCUGAAGUUGCUACCCAAGCAGGCUGGUCGUUAGUUAUUUUCUCAUGUUUUGACGCAGUCGUUAAUUCUAAUCAUUCUAGCUACUAAUUCGACGUUGCUAUGCUAAACAAAUCAUUGGCAUGUAGUUAGCUAGCAGAUAUUAAAUGAUGAUGAGAGACAAGAACAUCAAUAAAUAAUGAUUUAAUAAAUAUCCAAUAGGUCUACAUAGACCAUACUGCACUGGUUAAUGAAUUAACAGUUUGUCACGAUGUCAGUGUAUGCGGUUGACUGAAGUCAGGCGCAGGACACAGAACUCAAUGAAAAAACGUAUCUUUACUAAUACACGUAAAGAAACAAGAAGCCUCCACGCAGGGAGGAAUAAACCCGCUCACCAACGACAUCAGCGAACAAACAACAAACACGCACAGAACACAAUGGGAGCCACAGGGUUAAAUAGGGGCGGAGUAAUUACAAGAUGGGCAACAGGUGUGAAACAAUCUGACACAACAGGUAGAACAUAGAAACAUAUAACAUAGAUCGGCAGCAGCUAGUACUCCGGUGACGACGAACGACGAAACCUGCCCGAGCAAGGAGGAGGGGCAGCCUCGGCAGAAUCCGUGACACAGUUUCCAUGGUGAAUUAUUAGUUUCAUGUUCAUUCUUGGGCUAGCUAGCCUACUGGCACGGGAGAGAUAGCAUUUGUAAAAUGAUACAUUGUUGCACAGGUUGUAAAGGCAGACAGGUAGGUUUAUACAACCCCCAUCUGUUGCAAACCAAAUUGUAGCAUGGAAAAAUAAUGUGUAGACGCUUUUUUCCCCGAGAUAUACAGUGAGGGAAAAAAGUAUUUGAUCCCCUGCUGAUUUUGUAUGUUUGCCCACUGACAAAGAAAUUAUCAGUCUAUAAUUUUAAUGGUAGGUUUAUUUGAACAGUGAGAGACAGAAUAACAACAACAAAAUCCAGAAAAACGCAUUUCAAAAAUGUUAUAAAUUGAUUUGCAUUUUAAUGAGGGAAAUAAGUAUUUGACCCCCUCUCAAUCAGAAAGAUUUCUGGCUCCCAGGUGUCUUUUAUACAGGUAACAAGCUGAGAUUAGGAGCACACUCUUAAAGGCAGUGCUCCUAAUCUCAGUUUGUUACCUGUAUAAAAGACACCUGUCCACAGAAGCAAUCAAUUAAUCAGAUUCCAAGACCAAAGAGCUCUCCAAGGAUGUCAGGGACAAGAUUGUAGACCUACACAAGGCUGGAAUGGGCUACAAGACCAUCACCAAGCAGCUUGGUGAGAAGGUGACAACAGUUGGUGCGAUUAUUCGCAAAUGGAAGAAACACAAAAUAACUGUCAAUCUCCCUUGGCCUGGGGCUCCAUGCAAGAUCUCACCUCGUGGAGUUGCAAUGAUUAUGAGAACAGUGAGGCCCAGAACUACACGGGAGGAUCUUGUCAAUGAUCUCAAGGCAGCUGGGACCAUAGUCACCAAGAAAACAAUUCGUAACACACUACGCCGUGAAGGACUGAAAUCCUGCAGUGCCCGCAAGGUCCCCCUGCUCAAGAAAGCACAUAUACAUGCCCGUCUGAAGUUUGCCAAUGAACAUCUGAAUGAUUCAGAGGAAGAACUGGGUGAAAGUGUUGUGGUCAGAUGAGACCAAAAUGGAGCUCUUUGGCAUCAAGUCAACUCGCCGUGUUUGGAGGAGGAGGAAUGCUGCCUAUGACCCCAAGAACACCAUCCCCACCGUCAAACAUGGAGGUGGAAACAUUAUGCUUUGGGGGUGUUUUUCUGCUAAGGGGACAGGACAACUUCACUGCAUCAAAGGGACAAUGGACGGGGCCAUGUUCCGUCAAAUCUUGGGUGAGAACCUCCUUCCCUCAGCCAGGGCAUUGAAAAUAGCUUGUGGAUGGGUAUUCCAGCAUGACAAUGACCCAAAACACAUGGCCAAAGCAACAAAGGAGUGGCUCAAGAAGAAGCACAUUAAGGUCCUGGAGUUGCCUAGCCAGUCUCCAGACCUUAAUCCCAUAGAAAAUCUGUGGAGGGAGCUGAAGGUUAGAGUUGCCAAACAUCAGCCUCGAAACCUUAAUGACUUGGAGAAGAUCUGCAAAGAGGAGUGGGACAAAAUCCCUCCUGAGAUGUGUGCAAACCUGGUGGCCAACUACAAGAAACGUCUGACCUCUGUGAUUGCCAACAAGGGUUUUGCCACCAAGUACUAAGUCAUGUUUUAAAGAGGGGUCAAAUACUUAUUUCCCUCAUUAAAAUGCAAAUCAAUUUAUAACAUUUUUUAAAUGCGUUUUUCUGGAUUUUUGUUGUUGUUAUUCUGUCUAUCACUGUUCAAAUAAACCUACCAUUAAAAUUAUAGACUGAUCAUGUCUUUGUCAGUGGGCAAACGUACAAAAUUAGCAGGGGAUCAAAUACUUUUUUCCCUCACUGUAUUUUGAGUGAAUUUCCUGCCUGGGCUGCGGGACAGUGGAAUUAUGAGAUUAACACGUCACGGUAUUUUGCGGGAGUUGUUGUCCUGCAUAUCAACCAAUCAGCAUCCAUGAUCCAAAGAACCUGUUUUAUAAUAACUUGGAGUAGAAGAUAGAUUUGUGUCCACAAUUUAUUUAUUUGUAUAAAGUGUGACAUUUUAGCAUACUCAGUGGCAGUAGAUUUAUCAGAUGGAGAAUGCAGAGAUGGUGGAAAAUGUCCCACUUCAAACAGAAGAGGUAGAUGUCCUUAUCUGGAUAGAUAAAUAGAGGAGCUCUUUUGUGUAUCUGUCUCAAUAGUUUCAAUAGUAUUCCGUCUCUGUCACUUGGUGAGGUACUUCCACAGUUAGUCAUCUCCUUUUUACUUCCUAUUCUAAGUGAAGGAGGAUGGGGGAUUGUAGUGUGUGUGUGCGUGCAUGUGUGUGCAUAUGUACAGUGGCUUGCGAAAGUAUUCACCCCCUUGGCAUUUUUCCUAUUUUGUUGCCUUACAACCUGGAAUUCAAAUGGAUUUUUGGGGGUGUUUGUAUUAUUUGAUUUACACAACAUGCCUACCACUUUGAAGAUGCAAAAUUUUUUUUUUGGGUAAAAACAAUCAAGAAAUAAGACAAAGAAACAGAAAACUUGAGCGUGCAUAACUAUUCAAGUUCCCUCAAGAAUUUCCCUGUAUUUAGAGCCAUCCAUCAUUCCUUCAAUUCUGACCAGUUUCCCAGUCCCUGCUGAUGAAAAACAUCCCCACAGCAUGAUGCUGCCACCAGCAUGCUUCACUGUGGGGGUGGUGUUCUCGGGGUGAUGAGAGGUGUUGGGUUUGCGCCAGAAAUUGUGUUUUUCCUUGAUGUCCAAAAAGCUCAAUUUUAGUCUCAUCUGACCAGAGUACUUUCUUCCAUAUGUUUGGGGAGUCUCCCACAUGCCUUUGGCGAACACCAAACGUGUUUGCUUAUUUUUUUCUUUAAGCAAUGGCUUUUUUCUGGCCACUCUUCCGUGAAGCCCAGCUCUGUGGAGUGUACAGCUUAAAGUGGUCCUAUGGACAGAUACUCCAAUCUCUGUUGUGGAGCUUUGCAGCUCCUUCAACGUUAUCUUUGGUUUCUUUGUUGCCUCUCUGAUUAAUGCCCUCCUUGGCUGGUCCGUGAGUUUUGGUGGACGGCCCUCUCUUGGCAGGUUUGUUGUGGUGCCAUAUUCUUUCCAUUUUUUGAUAAUGGAUUUAAUGGUGCUCCGUGGGAUGUUCAAGUUUCUGAUAUUUUUUUAUAACCCAACCCUGAUCUGUACUUUUCCACAACUUUGUCCCUGACCUGUUUGGAGAGCUCCUUGGUCUUCAUGGUGCCGCUUGCUUGGUGGUGCCCCUUGCUUAGUGGUGUUGCAGAUUCUGGGGCCUUUCAGAACAGGUGUAUAUAUACACUGAGAUCAUGUGACAGAUCAUGUGACACUUAGAUUGCACACAGGUGGACUUUAUUUAACUAAUUAUGUGACUUCUGAAUGUAAUUGGUUGCACCAGAUCUUAUUUAGGGGCUUCAUAGCAAAGGGGGUGAAUACAUAUGCAAGCACCACUUUUCUGUUAUUUAUUUUUUUAGCAUUUUCUGAAACAAGUUUAUUUCACUUCACCAAUUUGGACUAUUUUGUGUAUGUCCAUUACAUGAAAUAAAAAUAAAAAUCAAUUUAAAUUACAGGUUGUAAUGCAACAAAAUAGGAAAACCGCCAAGGGGGAUGAAUACUUUUGCAAGGCGCUGUACGUGUGUUUGUGUAUUGUUUGUUUUUGUGGCACCUCAACCUGCACGUUCUUCAUGCCUGUGAUUGGGAGUAAUUCAUUUAAUCGAUGAAUAAGAGAGCGUGGUUGCGUUCUGCUCCGGAGGGCAGAAAUUAGAAAGUGUUUGGAGAGAUACAAUUUUGUGUAGCCGAGGCCAAGUCGUACCUAAUUACCACGAUCUGCACCCCAGGAAAUUCACAGAGGCAGAAAGAAAGGUGCAGACAGGGCUUCUCAGUCAGAAUCAGAAACACACAGAUGAUCCACAAGUUUACUUUGCCUUAACCUAUAAUACUGAUAUUAACCUUUAAGACAGAUAUUACAUUUAUCUAACUUAUAAGAGUGAUAGACACCCAUGUCACAGUCUUAUGCUUUGCCUGGGUCAGCAUAAACCCCUUUCUUCAAAUUCAAAUUCAGUGUCAGACCUCCAGGCUCAGAUUUCAGUACUUUGGGGAAAACAGUAUUUUUUCGAACCAAGCAGAUAUUAUUUUCAUAGAUUUCAACAAAGACAGACAUUACAGACCAAAGCCUUAGUGUCAGUGUUUUGUUUGUUUUCUCUCCAACAUAAUCAGCAACAUCUAGAUCAGACAUUGAUAGUAAGAGAGAAAGAUAUCCGAAACCUGUUUUCCAUGCUUAAGAUGUUCACAGAUAGUAAAAUCAAUACCCCUGCAUAGAGGACAGAACAGUUUCUGGACCCUGAAAGAUCUUCUCUCUCUACCUCUACCGCUCUCUCUCUACCUCUCUCUCUCUACUCAGGCAAUGUUCAGAGUGUGACCAGGCCAGUAGCGAUGAUGCCGACAUCGCCAUGGAGACACUGCCCGACGGCACCAAGAGGUCUCGGAGACAGAUUAAAGGACCAAUCAAAUUCAUCCCUCAGGAGAUGUCCCCGGAGCCCAAGAAACGAGAUGUGAGGGGCACGGUAUGUAUUAACACACACUUCGUAACUAUUAUUUACAGUGCCAUCAGAAACGUGACUUUUUCCAUGUUGUUGCAUUACAAAGUGGGACUAAAAUGGAUUUAAUUGUAAUUUUUGGUCAAUUAUCUACACAAAAAAACUAAUGUCAAAGUGGAAUAAAAAUUCAAAAUGUUUAAUGUAUUUUUGGAAAAUAUUUAGACCCCUUGACUUUUUCCACAUUUUUUUAGGUUACAGCCUUAUUCUAAAAUUGAUUAAAUUGGUUUUUUCCCUCAUCAAUCUACACACAAUACCCCAUAAUGACAAAGCAAAAACAGAUUAAAAAAACCCCGGAAAUAUCACAUUUACAUAAGUAUUCAGACCCUUUACUCAGUACUUUGUUGAAGCACCUUUGGCAGCGAUUACAGCCUUGAGUCUUAUUUAGUAUGACGCUACAAGCUUGGCACACCUGUAUUUAGACUUGUUCCGAAACAACUCCUGCGUUCUCUUGGCUGUGUGCUUAGGGUCAUUGUCCUGUUGGAAGGUGAACCUUUGCCCCAGUGUGAGGUCCUGAGCGCUCUGGAGCAGGUUUUCAUCAAGGAUCUCUCUGUACUUUGCUCCAUUCAUCUUUGCCUCGAUCCUGACUAGUCUCCCAGUCCAUGCCGCUGAAAAUCACCCCCACAGCAUGAUGCUGCCACCACCGUAGGGAUGGUGCCAGGUUUCCUUCAGACGUGACGCUUGGCAUUCAGGCCAAAGAGUUCAAUCUUGGUUUCAUCAGACCAGAGAAUCUGGCAAACUCCAAGCGGGCUGUCAUGUGCCUUUUACUGAGGAGUGGCUUCUGGGGGUUGUUGCAAACAUUUCUAAAAACCUGUUUUCACUUUGUCAUUAUGGGGUAUUGUGUGUAGAUUGCUGAGGAAAAAAAUACAUUUAAUCCGUUUUAGAAUGAGGCUGUAACGUAACAAAAUGUGGAAAAAGUCAAGGGGUCUGAAUAUUUUCCGAAGGCACUGUAGGAUAUAGCAGGCCUGACUAACAGAGCCCAACAGAUAUCCAGGCCAGACUAACAGAGCCCAACAGAUAUACCAGGCCAGACUAACAGAGCCCAACAGAUAUACCAGGCCAGACUAACAGAGCCCAACAGAUAUACCAGGCCUGACUAACCAGAGCCCAACAGAUAUCCAGGCCAGACUAACAGAGCCCAACAGAUAUACCAGGCCAGACUAACCAGAGCCCAACAGAUAUACCAGGCCAGACUAACAGAGCCCAACCGAUAUACCAGGCCAGACUAACAGAGCCCAACAGAUAUACCAGGCCAGACUAACCAGAGCCCAACAGAUAUACCAGGCCAGACUAACAGAGCCCAACAGAUAUACCAGGCCAGACUAACCAGAGCCCAACAGAUAUACCAGGCCAGACUAACCAGAGCCCAACAGAUAUACCAGGCCAGACUAACCAGAGCCCAACAGAUAUACCAGGCCAGACUAACAGAGCCCAAACAGAUAUACCAGGCCAGACUAACCAGAGCCCAACAGAUAUACCAGGCCAGGACUAACCAGAGCCCAACAGAUAUACCAGGCCAGACUAACCAGAGCCCAACAGAUAUACCAGGCCAGACUAACCAGAGCCCAACAGAUAUACCAGGCCAGACUAACAGAGCCCAACAGAUAUACCAGGCCAGACUAACAAAGCUCAACAGAUAUAUCAGGCCAGACUAACCAGAGCCCAACAGAUAUACCAGGCCAGACUAACAGAGCCCAACAGAUAUAGGAUAUAACAGGCCUGACUCACAGAACUAAUGGCUGGCCAUUCAGCACACACAGGUCACGCUGCUGUACUAAACAGGAUACGCUGUUGUACUAAACAGGAUACGCUGCUGUACUAAACAGGAUAUGCUGCUGUACUAAACAGGAUACACUGCUGUACUAAACAGGAUACGCUGCUGUACUAAACAGGAUACGCUGCUGUACUAAACAGGAUACGCUGCUGUACUAAACAGGAUACGCUGCUGUACUAAACAGGAUACGCUGCUGUACUAAACAGGAUACGCUGCUGUACUAAACAGGAUUACUAGUGGACAUGCCAGGAAACUAGAGGGGGUGGAUCCAAACACAUACUUCCUCUGGUAUUCAGCCCCAAACCCCCCCCGCUGGCUCGUUGGUUCAGGUCCGCCUGAACUACUUCCAAUCUACAGAGGAUUGGGGUGAGUGAUUUCAUAUAAAAUGAAGUUGGAAUAUUAACAAAAGGGGAAAUCAAACAUCUCCUUGUUGUUCUUGACACUAGCAAGCGAGUGAGUGAUGGAGCCGGGUUGUGUGUUUUUUUUUUUUUAAAGGAGAACAACAUAUUUAAACAGAUUGUGAAAACAAUUCCAUCUGUCGCCUUUGGCUCCUCCACCACCACUCGGCAGAUGGAACACUUAUCAUUAUAAAUGCUAACUGCUAGAUGCUAGAAUCACAGCCAGUUGGCUCCUUUACUUCAUCCUCCUUCCCUACCUCCCUCCAUCCCUCCCUCUCUCCCUUCCUCGCUCCCUUUUGAAGCCACUUCUCCUGCGUGCGACGUUCAGGCGGGUGGCACCACCACACAAAGGGCCCAGAGUAUGAGUUUAUUUAACUAUUUGGUCUCUAUAGUGGUUGACUCUAUGAAAGGCCAGGGAAAGAUCACUUGUACACGACUUGUACAUCAUUGCGUUGCAUCUUUGUUGCACUAGAGAUCCUGGUUCAAAUCCAGGCUCUGUCGUAGCCGGCCGCGACCGGGAGACCCAUGGGGCGGCGCACAAUUGGCCCAGCGUCGUCCAGGGUAGGGGAGGGAAUGGCCGGCAGGGGUGUAGCUCAGUUGGUAGAGCAUGGCGUUUGCAACGCCAGGGUUGUGGGUUCGUUUCCCACGGGGGGCCAGUAUGAAAAAAAAAAUAUAUAUAUAUAUAUAUAAUGUAUGCACUCACUAACUGUAAGUCGCUCUGGAUAAGAGCGUCUGCUAAAUGACUAAAAUGUGAAAAUGUGAAAUCUUUAACAGCCAUGAAUCAUUUCACAGCAACAUGCAGGAUUAGAGAAGUUAACAGAGCGGAGGAUCCAGUAGUAACUAGAUGUAGUAACUUAAUUCUCAUAAUUCUCACUAGACUAAUGGCAUAUGUUCAUACAGGAUGUUCCUGUGUAAUCAUGGAGGGGUGUUAGAGCAGAGCCACGUUUAAUCACCACCCCUUUACACACACUGUCACACAGAAUAUUCUAGAAGAAGAAGCAAACCUUGAAAAUGUAGGAUGGUUUUGGUCUGGAACAAUUCGUUUAGGAGAUAUAGGCCUAAAAAUGUGAGAUAUUGUCAGUAUAUUAUAUUAGAAGAAGAAGAAGCAAAGACCAAGCUUCCUUGAAAAUGCGGUACAGUGUGGGUCCAGAACUGAUGAUUCUAAGAUGUAAUGAAUCGAUGAGUGAUGAAAAGACAAAGUAUAUGGCAAAAAACAAAUAUACUGUGUCCGUAAAAUGUAAAUAGGUUCAGAACUUUUGUGAAACAGCACAGUUAAAAAUAUUUGGCAAAAUAGAAAUCAAACUGGAUGGUUGUCAGAGAUAGAUGGGAGGGGUUGAUGGUAGCUGAAGGAUGGGAUUAAAAACAAACAAAAGAUAACUUAGUUUACUCCAAUUAGUUUACUCCAGUUACGCAACCCUGCAUCUUAGAGGCUGCUGCCCUAUAUACAUAGACAUGGAAUCACUGGCCACUUUAAUAAUGGAACGUUAGUCACUUUAAUAAUGUUUACAUACUGCUUUACUCAUCUCAUAUGUAUUUACUGUAUUAUAUUCUACUGUAUUUUAGUCAAUGCCACUCAGACAUUGCUUGUCCUAAAAUUUAUAUAUUUCUUAAUUCCAUCCUUUUACUUUUAGAUUGGUGUGUAUUGUUGUGAAUUGUUAGAUAAUACUGCACUGUUGGAGCUAGAAACACAAGCAUUUCGCUACACCCGCAAUAACAUCUGCUAAAUAUGUGUAUGUGACCAAUAACAUUUGAUUUGAUUUGAUUUGAUUGGGGGAGGGGUGGUAGGGUUCGGGGAAAAUAAUAAUGGAAAAUAUAUUUUAGAAAGGUAUGUAUGCAUGUAUGUAUAUGUACAUAUAUAUAUACCAGUCAAAAGUUUGGACACACCUAUUCAUUCAAGGGUUUUUCUGCAUUUUUAAAAUGUUUGUAGUAAACAAAUCAAAAUAUAUUUUAUAUUUGAGAUUCUUCAAAUAGCCACCCUUUGCCUUGAUGACAGCUUUGCACACUCUUGAUAUUCUCUCAACCAGCUUCAUGAGGUAGUCACCUGGAAUGCAUUUCAGUUAACAGGUGUGCCUUCUUAAAAGUUAAUUUGUGGAAUUUCUUUCCUUCUUAAUGCGUUUGAGCCAAUCAGUUGUGUUGUGACAAGGUAGUGGGGUAUACAGAAGAUAGCCCUAUUUGGUAAAAGACCAAGUCCAUAUUAUGGCAAGAACAGCUCAAAUAAGCAAAGAGAAACGACAGUCCACCAUUACUUUAAGACAUGAAGGUCAGUCAAUACAGAACAUUUCAAGAACUUUGAAAGUUUCUUCAAGUGCAGUCACAAAAACCAUCAAGCGCUAUGAUGAAACUGGCUCUCAUGAGGACUGCCACAGGAAUGGAAGACCCAUAGUUACCUCUGCUGCAGAGGAUAAGUUCAUUAGAGUUACCAGCCUCAGAAAUUGCAGCCCAAAUAAAUGCUUCACAGAGUUCAAGUAACAGACACAUCUCAACAUCAACUGUUCAGAGGGGACUGUGUGAAUCAGGCCUUCAUGGUCAAAUUGCUAUAAAGAAACCACUACUAAAGGACACCAAUAGGAAGCUUGGGCCAAGAAACACAAGCAAUGGACAUUAGACCGGUGGAAAUUAUCCAAAUUGGAGAAUGUAGGUUCAAACCAACGUGUCUUUGUGAGAUGCGGUGUGGGUGAACGGAUGGUCGCUGCAUGUGUAGUUCCCACCGUAAAGCAUGGAGGAGAUGUUAUGGUGAGGGGGGCUUUGCUGGUGACACUGUCUGUGAUAUAUUUAGAAUUCAAGGCACACUUAACCAGCAUGGCUACCACAGCAUUCUGCAGCGAUACGACAUCCCAUCUAGUUUGGGCUUAGUGGGACUAUCAUUUGUUUUUCAACAGGACAAUGACCCAACACACCUCCAGGCUGUGUAAGGGCUAUUUUACCAAGAAGGAGAGUGAUGGAGUGCUGCAUCAGAUGACCUGGCUUCCACAAUCCCCCGACCUCAACCCAAUUGAGAUGGUUUGGGAUGAGUCGGACGGCAGAGUGAAGGAAAAGCUGCCAACAAGUGCUCAGCAUAUGUAGGAACUCCUUCAAGACUGUUGGAAAAGCAUUCAAGGUGAAGCUGGUUGAGAGAAUGCCAAGACUGUGGAAAGCUGUCAUCAAGGCAAAGGGUGGCUAUUUUAAGAAUCUAAAAUCUAAAAUAUAUUAUUCCAUAUGUGUUAUUUAAUAGUUUUGUUUGACUGGUACUGUAUAUAUAUUACAUUGAUGGAAGCUACAAUCUAUAUGCAGUAUUACAUCUGAUCUACCCCCAAAUUAUUUUAUUUUUAAGAAGUAUAUGGCUAAAUAAGUGGUGAUACAUUCUGGAGUGUGACUGUCUGGCUGUGUGUAGGAUGUCCUACACAUCUCCUCCAUACUCUGUGACAUUGAGGGCACAUGUUGAGUUAGAAGGGCACUACCCUGCAGUUGGCAGUGUACUCAGUCAGCAGGCCCUGAACAAGGGCCAGAGGAGGCUGAGCUGCACCACAGAGUGGCAACGGGCCAUCUUACCUCUGUGGCUCUGCACACACACACAUGCGCGCUGUACACACACACACACACACACACUCAUCCCCAUGCAGGGGCCAGCGGGAGGUCGAUUAGCCAGCCCUGAUUAAUUGAAACAGGGCUUUAAAGCGGUGCCAGCGCCGGGGUGCCCUGGUAAAAGCAUUAAAAAUGCAAAGCAGGGCCUAUUCAGUGACUGCCAUCGCACUCCUUGCAUUUGAAGAUAAAUGCAGCAUUGAAGCUUCUCAACUAAAGCGGACGCGGUGAGAAAAAGCCAGCUUAAUCCCAGAGUACUUCCAGCAGCAGGGUCCUCAGCCCAGCGUACUUCUGGGCACGCCGCUUUAUGCGAGCUAACAGAAAAACACAUUAACCCAGACCUCCCGACACAGCACAGCCGCCGAUACUGCUGCUGCUCCACUCUACACCACCCCCUCCCCUCCUUCCUCCCACUUUCUCUCCCUUCCCUCCGUCUCUCUGACAGAACAGAUACAGAGAGCAAACCUCCAGAAGGAGAAGAAGACAUUUAUGGUUGUUUUUUGUGUUGAUUUGUUUUCUAUUUGAAAAGGAAGAACAGGUUGUUUUUGUGUUAUCUGAGAGGGCGACAGCCAGCCAGACGCUAAGGUGUUCUCUGAGUCUUGCUUGGCUGCCAGGCAGUGAGUGGCCACAGAGGAAGAGUGUUCCUAAGGCUCUCUCCUUCCAGGUGUGGAGGGGGUUGGUUAUUGACAGUCUAAAAACAAAAGGCAGGGGAAAAUAAAAAAUGAAAGAGGACAUGAGUGUUUUUCUCCCCUCUGAUGACUAUCUGUUGUGUUCCUUCGGGGAGCUGGGAGGGAGGAUGGGGAGGAGGGAGGGGAGGCAGGGCUGGGGUGGUGUAUCGGAAGAGGAUCAGGGUAUGGUGGCUGUAGAUAAGUGGGAUCCAUGAAGAGAUGGAGGGAGGGAGGGAGCAGCCAUAUCUCCAUAGCUCUUUCUCUCCUCUCUCUCUCUCUCUGCCUCUCUUUCUCUCUCUCCUGCUCCCUUCUCUCUUUCUCACUCUCUUUCUCUCGUGCAGUUGACAGGCAGUGUUACUCUAGCUAUGAAUAGGACCUAGUCCAGAGACAGCACUGUGUGGCUCUCUUGUCUUGUAUGGCCAGAGGUAAAAUAAAAGACCAGCCUCACUGGGCAGUAGAGGAUUACAUUCAGGACAGACAAAUUAAAAAUAUGUCUUUGGAAAACAGUUUAUGCUUUCUGUGGUAUUGUUGCAAAAGGCAGAGAGCACAGUGGAUUGUCUUUGUUUGACAAACCGCUGAGGGAGCAGACGACGUCAUAAACAAACUUCCACUGGCUCCUGAAUCUUUUGGACAACAAGCGAGCAACAAAUAAUGUUAGAUUUUUUGGAUGCUGCCAAUACUUUGUGGAGCAUAUCUCUACUUAAGUCAAAUUAUUAUUUUGACAGAUUCUCCCAGACAAAAUACCAAGAACUAAUGAUUUGCCUGACCACUCAACAACUCGAAGUAGAGAAAUAUUGACAUUUUCCCCAAGUGACCAAGCUGUGACCUUGUGCCUUUGCAUGGCUAGCUGAUAACCUUUCAUAAGGCUCAUGAGACUGACCACAGCUCGGGUCAAUUAUCUCUCAUCAAUUCACACAGAUCAAUCAAUUAGCAAAUAAAUUACCACAGAAUUCUAGCUUAGUUAAGAGUGACUGCAAUGAAACACAUUGAUCUGUAUUCCACAGAGAACUAGAGGGCAGAAGAGGAAGAGGGUGUCCAUCUGUGAAGAAGAGAGGUUUGAGGUGCAUGUAUGUCACUGUUCUACUUUGUUACUAAACAUUCCUACAGCUCCUAACCUCCCUAUUACACACACAUCUAAUACAUACACAUCCCAUGUGCUACAUACAGUACUAAUCUGUUCACUCUAUUCACCUGCAUAUUUCUCUAUUCCUUAACACCCCGCCUCUUCUACACCAUUACCACACACUCUUUCACACACACACACACACUAUCACACACAUGGCAGUGUCGGGUCUAAUCAGUCUGUGUGUUUCCAUAGGAACCGGUUCUACGUGAACGGCGUCAGCGUCAGUCUGCGAUGCAGAAGAAGACACCUAAAGCAGACGACACCAGGACCGACUGUACCUCCUGCAAAGGACCCGGGGACAACGAGAACCUCGUCAGGUGGGUCACAGUGUGUGUGAAGGGAGGGGAGGGGUGGGUGUGUGUGUGUGUGUGUGUGUGUGUGUGGAGAUGAGGAGAGAGGGUGGAAGGGUGCCAUGCUUGUGUGUGUGUGUUCGCACCUGUGAAUGUGUGUGUUUGUGUGUGUGUGAGGACCUGUAUCCUCCUGAUGAU